AUGGCUUCACAAGAUCUUUGGAUAUGGCAUGUCUUUAUUGGAAUGCCUGAAUCAUUAAAUGAUAUUAAUGUUCUUGAUCAGUCACCUAUCUUCGUUGUACUUGCUGAAGGUCAUACUGCUCCUGUCAAUUAUACAAUUAAUGGGCAUGAAUAUGCAAUGGGAUACUAUUUAACAGAUGAUAUUUAUCCUAAUUGGUCAAUUUUUGUUAAGACAAUUCCAAGGCCAUUAGGAGCAAAGAGAAAAUAUUUUACAAGAAAGCAAGAGUCUGCAAGAAAGGAUAUAGAGCGGGCAUUUGGGGUGCUUCAAUUUCUUUUUGCGAUUGUACAUGGACCUGUUCGAUACUGGGAUGAAGAAACGCUUGCAAAUAUUAUGAAAGUUUGUAUAAUAAUGCAUAAUAUGAUUAUUGAGGAUGAAGGAGUAAUGAACUUUGGAUUUGACCAUGAACGUUAA